UGACUUACCAAUUCAUCAGUGAAAUGAACUGCCUCUGCCUUCAAAAGUUUCUGAUUUGUGGAGUUACAAAUGAUGAUCUAAUUAUGAACCACAAUCAAUUAAGUUCGAAAGACUGUCAUCCAGUAAAUGGCUCAACCUUAUCAUUCUGUUCACCGCCAGGAAAAUCCUGUUCAGUAUAUCGUCCAUGCUGUGGUCGAGAUUGGGUAUGUAAUCGAGGUAGUGCUGCUGAAGGAAAAUGUGUUCAAUGCGCUCAAUCAAAUAGACCAUGUCAACAUGCAAAUGAUUGUUGUCGAGGUGUAUGCGUAUAUGGUACAUGUAAACUGAUGGGAUUUUUAAGUGAAGGUUAAAAAUAAACUUACGAAACUUAGAGACAAAACAAAAAAUCAAGAAAUUUAUUGACUUUUCUUACUGCUCAAAUAUACACAUUUUAUUUUCUGUCUUCUCAACCAAAACCAGAAAAAACGCAAAAAAAACAAACAAAAACGAUUAUGCUGAUGGAUGAUGGGAAUUAUUUUUUAAGAAAUAUUAAAAACUAAAAAAAGAAGAAAUCACAAAAA